GCUCGCGCUCCUGUUCCGGGACUCGCUAGCGCAGCUGGGCUCGAGCCACCGGAGCCAUGGCAACCGCGACGACAGGUGAGGAGGAAAUCAUCUCGUCGUAAGCAGUGAGAGUUUAACACUGACCGAAAACCGCGCUUUUGCCCCCCGUUUCUUCUGAGUUUAAUUACCGGUAAUUAAUCGGCGUGAUGUCAUUUCAACGCUUUUCCGCGAUUUCAGAAGCCGAGACGCGGCAGAGGUUGCUCCGCAACGUCAAGAAAGAGGUAAAGCAGAUCAUGGAGGAAGCAGUCACACGGAAGUUUGUACAUGAAGACAGCAGUCAUAUCGUCUCCUUCUGCGCUGCUGUGGAGGCGUGUAUGUUGCACGGCCUGAAGCGGAGAGCUGCUGGUUUUUUGCGCAGCAACAAAGUAGCAGCUCUGUUCACUAAAGUGGGGAAGAGUUUUGCUCCGGCUGAGCAGCUCUGCCGCAAAGCCCAGGAACUGGAGCAACUGCUGGAGAGCAAAAGAGCUCCGAUGGGCUCCUACAGUGAGUCUCGUAAAUUACCCCCUCGACUCCCCAGCCUCUCACCUCAGGCAGCUCGGUACCUCUGGAUUCGCACGGCUCUCAUAGAGAAAGUCCUCGACAAGAUCAUCCUGUACCUAGUGGAGAACUGCAGUAAGUAUUAUGAAAAGGAGGCGGUGCUCAUGGACCCGGUGGACGGCCCCAUCCUCGCCUCUCUGUUAGUGGGUCCUUGUGCAUUGGAGUACACUAAGAUGAAGACGGCUGAUCAUUUCUGGACGGAUCCCUCGGCAGACGAGUUGGUGCAGAGACACCGGAUCCACGGCGCACACUACAGACAGGCUACAGACUCGCCCUCCAAGAGACCCGCGCUGUGUAUCCAGAAGAGACACUCCAGCAGCAGUAUUGACGAGCGUCCGUCUCCAUCCCCCUCGGCGAGGGACUACGUGGAGUCUCUGCACCAGAACUCCAGAGCCACACUGCUGUUCGGCAAGAACAACGUGCUCGUACAGCCGAGAGACGACAUGGAGGCGAUCCCGGGAUACCUGUCUCUGCACCAGACGGCCGACACCAUGGCGCUGAAGUGGACGCCCAAUCAGCUGAUGAACGGCUCCGUGGGAGAUCUGGAGUACGAGAGGAGUGUGUACUGGGACUACGCCAUGACCAUACGCCUGGAGGAGAUUGUGUACUUACAUUGUCAUCAGCUGGUGGACAGUGGUGGCACUAUAGUUCUGGUGAACCAGGACGGCAUCCAGAGGCCUCCUCUACGCUUUCCCCAAGGCGGCCAUCUCCUGCAGUUCCUGGCGUGCUUGGAGAACGGCCUGCUGCCUCACGGUCAACUCGACCCGCCGCUGUGGUCCCAGAGAGGCAAGGGUAAAGUGUUUCCUAAGCUGAAGAAGAGAGGAACCCAGGGAUCAGCGGACUCUGUCUCGGAUAAGGAGGAGGACGAAUCCUCCGAUUACGUCUUCCGCAUCAUCUUCCCCAACAGCCAGUCCGAGCUCGCUAGUUCAGAGCUGAUGGAGCAGGGGGUAAACAUCUGGCAGCCAACGCAGAGGAAGUCCUCAUGUUCUCAGGCCAGCUUCUCCGACGGGGCGUCGCCAGGCAGCUGCAACCACGAGAGAGCUCCUCUAAAGCUGCUGUGUGACACCAUGAAGUAUCAGAUCAUCUCCAGAGCGUUCUACGGCUGGUUGGCGUAUUGCCGUCACCUGUCCACCGUGCGCACACACCUCUCCGCCCUCGUCAACCACGCCAUCGUAAUGCCCGAUGUGCCGUGCGACGCGUACGGAGGUCUCACUGCACCAGUGUGGCACAAGUUCCUGCAGGACUGCGGUGCGUAUGACGAGCAGGAGCUCUGGCGUUUGGUGUAUUUUGGAGGAAUCGAACCCUCUCUGCGUAAGGAGGUCUGGCCCUUCCUGCUGGGUCACUACCAGUUCGGGAUGUCCAAGAACAAGAGGAAGGAGGUUGACGAGCAGACGCGAGCAUGCUAUGAGAAGACGAUGAGCGAGUGGUUGGGCUGCGAGGCCAUCGUGCGGCAGCGGGAAAAAGAGCAGCAUGCCGUGGCCUUGGCCAAAUGCUCGUCCGUGGCCAGCAUGGACAGCAACAAUCCAAGUGUGGUGCACCGUGACUCGUCCAUCAGCAACGAGUCGUCUCAGAGCUGCAGUUCAGAGAGGCACAGAGCUCGCCUGCAGAGUGACUCCAGUAGCAGUACACAGGUGUUCGAGUCCGUGGACGAGGUCGAACAGUUCGAUGCAGAGCCCAAAGGCGAUGAAGUCAAACUGUUACCUAAAGACUCCAAUGGCUCAGACUCUGGUCACCCCUCUUCCAGAAACUUCUCUGUCACCUCGGGCCUGUCGGACUCCCUCAGCACAGAUGACAGCGGUGCACAGGACAUGAACAACAAAACCUCCACCCAGUGUAUUGUCAUGGAGGAUCAUAAAAAGGAGGAAACCAAGAAAGCCAAAGGUUCUGAUGUGGAAGUGUUUGUUCCAAAAAGCUCAAACGCAGUGAAGAUGGAGAAGACUGUCCGGGGACGUGCAGGAGAUGAGAAAGCAGAAAUGGAAGACAUGGAUACUGUGGAAGAAACUCUGGAACAAGAGGUGUCUGAGAAAAGAAAUGAUGUGGAAGUAGGAGAACACUCAGAAGCUGGUGAAGGUUUUGAAGGUAUCGCACCUCAGGCGAUAAAGGACACGGAGGUGGAUGAUAAAAGAAGAAAGCCAGAGGUGCUACAGGAGGCAGAAGGAAUUAAACAGGAGGAGAAGUCUGGACUGCUGGUGUCCGUAUCAAAAGGAGAAAAAAGGGAAGCGUGUGUAUCAGGAGAGCAAAGUAAAAGCUCUGAGACUCGAAACAGUCCAGGAGGUCUAAAGACAACAGACAGUGAGACAUUAAACACUUCUGCUUCCAUAAAGAAUGAUGAAUCCGAGAAAAUCCAAACAUCCAAAGCAGAGCCAUCUAAGAAUCAAACUGAUUCAAGACCAAAGUCGAAUGAAGCUCAGAGAGCAGGGAAAGAGUCUGCAGCUGAGGCCCAGAAUCCAAGUCGGGUUAAGAAGAAAGGUCAGGCGGAGACGGUCAGGAAGAAGGUCACGAUGCCAAGCGCUCCUGUGGUAAAGGAGAUAGUGGUGCCUGUUGUGUUUGAAGCCUUCAGCAUGCGUGAAAUGAGCAAAGAGACGCCCGCUACUGACUCGGACGACUCGCCUUCAGCCAUCGAGAUGGAGGAGAUCCCCAUGGCCCGGCUGGUUGGCGUUCAGGAAGUCAGUGAGGCGCUCCUGCCUGAAAUGGAGACUCUUUACCCUCAGUUUGAGUCACAUGCUGUGGCCAGUGAGAAGAAUACCACCAUCUCACCAGUUCCCUCCACAGGAACAACUUACUCGCAGGAGCUCUUGGAUUUGUACACUCUGAACCUGCAUCGUAUCGACAAGGACGUGCAACGGUGCGACAGGAACUACUGGUACUUCACCCCGGCUAACCUGGAGAAACUCCGCAACAUCAUGUGCAGUUACAUCUGGCAGCAUCUAGAUAUCGGCUACGUGCAGGGGAUGUGUGACCUUCUGGCUCCUCUGCUGGUCAUUCUUGAUGAUGAGGCUUUGGCCUUUAGCUGCUUCACUGAACUGAUGAAGAGAAUGAAUCAGAACUUUCCUCAUGGCGGUGCGAUGGACACUCACUUCGCGAACAUGAGAUCCCUCAUCCAGAUCCUGGACGCCGAGCUCUUUGAGCUGAUGCACCAGAACGGUGACUACACCCACUUCUACUUCUGCUAUCGCUGGUUCCUCCUGGACUUUAAACGAGAGCUGGUGUAUGAUGACGUGUUUGCAGUGUGGGAGAGCAUUUGGGCGGCUAAGCACGUCUCCUCUAGCCAGUUUGUCCUGUUUAUUGCCCUAGCCCUUGUUGAGAUCUACAGAGACAUCAUCCUGGAGAACAACAUGGACUUCACCGACAUCAUCAAAUUUUUCAAUGAAAUGGCCGAACAUCAUAACGUGAAGCAAAUCCUGGAGCUGGCUCGAGAGCUUGUUUGCAAAGUGCAGAUGCUCAUCGAAAACAAGUAACGCAGAGUCCAACGCCGUCCGACUGUCUCUGUGCCAAAACGUUCCAUUAGUGCUCGCUGCAUUAAACCCGACAGGAUACAGCCAAGAGAACCUUUCGCGUCCAAGUCAUUUAGCUCUUGAAUUAUUUAGCUCUUGGAUAAUUGUAGUUACAUUUUGUACGCAGAUGCUGCUGUUAUAUUUGUUCAUCUUUAGCAAACACUUUGUCCUGGUCUGGGUCAGAAGAUCUGGAGUCUGUCCCAUGAACACUGGGCACAAAGGGGGAUACACCCUGGAUGGUACACCAGUUCAUCACAGGGCACCAUACACACAUAUUCACACCCAGCGGGCGAUUUAGCAUAGUCAGUGCACAUACUGGCAUGUUUUUGGGAGGUGGGGGAAAACCAGAGAAUCCAAAGUAAAGGUCAACAUGAGAAACUACACACACACAGAAUCGAACCGAGGACCCUAAAGCUGUGAGGCAGCAACACUACCCGCUGCCUGUCAGGGUAUAAAUCUAACAGAAGUGAGAGGUAAUAGGUAUCGACACUUGCAGACCUCGAUUAUACUUCACAUAUCACACACAUUCCAAGUCAGUAAAGCUUUCAGCCUCUUCAGCUCAGUUUGUUUCCUUCCACAGCUGCAUGUCCGUUACCAACUUGUGUGUAGCUUCAGUGAGGUAGCAUUAAGUUAAUAUUAAUGUAGGUUGGUGCUUUGUCAAGUUUUGGUAACAUUUUCAUUUUUUUGGACAAGAAGAAGCUGAACAGCUCUGACUUUAACACCCUCUCAACACUGUGUUACAGAAGUGUGUUCUCGUUCAGGUCUCCUUCAAGCCACCAAAUCAGUACUUUUCAUUCAGCAGUGAUGAGAUCUAGUGUUGCAUUCUAUUACACGCAGGUAUGUGUGUAUUGUUGUGAACAAUCUUUUCAGAAUCAUGUUUUUGAACGUACCGCAGCAGGUAUUUCAUCUAUUUGCCAAUGUUAGGUGUUUAAGUGUCUACAGUGCCAUGCAGAAGUAUUCACCCCCCCUUGAACCUUUCCAGAUUUUUUUUCUGUGAUACAACUUAGAACUGAAAUGGACUUGAUUUGGAUUAUGUCACGACUGUACACAAAAAUAUCUGAUAAUAUUUUAAAUGAGUGGACAAAUCGAUUUUGUUUGUGAAAUUAAUCAAAAGUAAUUGCAGAAGUGAAAGUGUCAUGAUUUUCAAUAUAAAUACACCUGUUCCUGGAAGAACCCAGAGUUCGUUAGAGAACAUGUAUGAAGAAAAAGCAUCAUGAGCUAUCAAAACAAGUCGGAGUCUAAGGUUUAAAAAAAAAAAAAAAAAUCCCAAAAUUUGUUCGUCCUGUGGUGAGACAUUAAAUCUAUAUUAGAGAUUAAAAGAACCUGGCACAACCGCGACUCUGUGUAGAGGAGGCCAUCCAAACAUCAGUGCCUGAAGAAAGUUGGGAUUCGUCAGAUAAGCAACCAAGAAGCCAAGGGUAACUCUUCAUGUGGUGCUACCACAACCAUGUUUCACUGUUCUUCGGUGUUCUUUUGUAUUUUUUAUUGGUAAUAAUUUUGCAAACUUUUCCCUCACUUCAAUAUUAUGAGAUAUUUUGUGUUAAUCCAUGACAUGUAAUCCCCAUUAAUUCCAUUUCAGUUUCAGGUUGUAAGAGUACAAGAUGUGGGCGAAUACUUAUGCAAGGCCCUGUAUGUUGACUUCCACGGUUUUCACUUUACUGUGACUAUAACAUAAAAGAAGAAGAAGAAAAAAGCUUAUUUGUGCAUAAGGAAAAAUCUAUAUUCUAUAUUUAUUAUAUUGAGAGGUAUUAAUAUAUAUUAUGAACCAUGACAUUAGAGAUUGUGAUUUUUUUUUUCCUGAGUGGAAAUAUAUUAAUGCAUAGAAACUAUUCAAUGGUCCUCUUCUUUCUUUAUUUAUUUUUUGUAUUCUGAAUAACACCAUUUACAGUGUGGCCUUAACUGUGCUUCUGCUAGUCUGUACGCUCCACUGGUGCUGUUUGAGUCCAAGUUUAGGGCAAGAAUUUCACAUUUGCCCUCUGCCUUUUAUCAGUUCAGGACCUGGAUUACAAGAAAUUACCUGUCAGGGUCAGAUUUUUAAAAAAAAAAAAAAAACCCUAUCCAUUAUGGUGUGAGUGGUGUCCAAAUAUUGGACUUGUGACAAACUACCAAAGUAAUUUUAGCGAUAUUGUUGCUCACUAUGCAGCAAAAUUACCUAAAUGAAAUGUUUUAGUGGUCCUCACCGGAUGAAAUCUUUCACAUAGGUGAGCGGGGAAUGUACAGGGUUUACCGCAGGGUAUGGCUGUAAAGCUGUUUUGCGGCCAUGUCUGUGGAGCUGAAUGGAAUCCAAACUAAAAUCCGAAAUAUUUAUUUUCACUAGUGCAGUAUGUAUUUCAUCGACAGUUCUUUUAAGCAGUGCGUUCUGCUUUCUGUAUGAAUGUGGCACUUUGUCAUGUUGCUUUGGAUAUUGCUGGAUAAAUUAUGAACGCUAGCUGCUUGAUGAUAAUGAGAAUUUUUUUUUAUUAUUAUUUGUACAUCUUGCUUUGAGCUGUUUAUUUAUUUGUUUAUAUCUCAAUGCAUUCAUUUUGUUUUGGCUUUUGUAUGUAAAACUUGCACUUGUUCUAUUGUGCUUUAUGAUUAAAUGAUAUAUGUGCCUC